AUGAGUACUCCGAGUGAGCAAACAGUCAUUGGAAGACUUGAUGAAGAUGUAAUUCUCCCUUGCUCAUUUGAGAAUGGGUCUGAAGUUGUAAUUCACUGGAAGCAUAAAGACACUCACAACGUUUACAAAUACUACAAAGGCAGUGACCAUUUGGAAAAGCAAAAUCCCAGAUACACAAACAGGACAUCCCUCUUCCAUAGUGAAAUUCACAAUGGGAAUGCCUCCCUGUCUUUCAGAAGAUUAAGCCUUCUGGAUGAAGGAAUUUAUACUUGCUAUGUGGGAACAGCAUCUGGAAAAACCACAAAGAAAGUGGUGUUAAAGGUGGGAGUUUUCGUCACACCUGUGAUGAAGUAUGAAAAGAGGAACACAGACAGCUUCUUAACCUGCAGCGUGCUGAGUUCUCCUCGUCCCAAUGUCACAUGGCAGAUGGACAAGGCACCUAUCUCUGAAAGCAAUACGGAAGAGACCGGGUCUUUGGGUCCUCUUUAUAUUAACAGUGUAGUAAAUAUUACAGGAUCAAAUUCAUCUUAUGAAUGUGCUAUUGAAAAUUCAUUGCUGAACCAAACAUGGACAGGGCGAUGGACAAUGAAAGAUGGGCUUCAUAAAAUGCAAAGUGAACACAUGUCACUCUCAUGUGAACUUGCAAGCAAUUUUUUUCUACCAAAUCAAGACUUCAUAGUCACCUGGUCCAGAGUGGAAAGUGGGACUUCCUCUAUCCUGGCUUACUUUCUGAGCUCCUCUCAAAAUAUGACUGUCAAUGAACCUCGAUUUUCAUGGAACAAAGAGCUAAUAAACCAGAGUGACUUCUCCUUGACUUUGAAGGAUCUUAGCAUUGCAGACAGUGGGGAAUACUUAUGUAAUAUUUCUUCAAGCAAAUAUACUUUACUCGCCGUCCAAACACUUCAUAUAGGUGAACUCGGGCAAAUCUCUUUACAGAUAGGGGAACUGAGGGUCGUGGAUAAAAGUGGCGUCACGUCUCCACUAAUGAGAACCAGCAAUACUGAUAAUACAGAAGACACGUAUCACAUUCACUCUUUAAGACCAAAGCGUCAUUCACUGACAGCCUACCUGCAUCAAGAUUAUAAGUGCCUGGAGGCCAAGGAUUCCAAUUCAACUUAG